UUUUUUUUUUUCGGAAUUGCCGCUCUGGCCCGCCUUCGGCCCUGGUACAUCAUCAGUGAAGAAAUUCCUUACUCUUUUCUUUCUUAUUUUUUUUCUUAUAAGUGCGGUUUACUCAAGAACUUCAGGGUCUCUUUAGGCCCUUUAUCUUUCCCAUCAUACUAUGACUUCUCUCCGCCAAGUUACGAGAGGCGUUCCUCCGCCAGCCUUGUUAGCCAUGCCCUCAGCUGCCUCUCGCUCUUGCGGUAAAUCUCUAGGGUAUCGACGGUUACUGUCGAGCGCCGGGACUCCCAAACCGGCGGGCUAUAAUGCAGCGCUCUUCGCAUCUUCGCAUAUUUCCUCAUCGCCUUUCACUUCUAUCCGAUCUCCAUUUGUUCCGGAAACCAUAACUACCUUACAACUACGUAACUUCCACCAAACAUACCGAUCCUUCCAAGAGCAAGCCCAGCAAACCGCCAAGUCGGGAACGAAAUCAGAUACCAAAACAGAUUCCCCCAAGUCAGAUGUAAAAUCGGACCCAAAUCCUACGGAACCUAAAGAGAAAGCCGAACAGGCCGCCUCCGGCGCAGACUCCGAAGCAAAAUCUGAAUCGGAAGAGGAGGCCAAGCAGCAGGAUGGCCAGGAAAAGAAGGAAGAGGAAAAGAAAAAGGAAGAUCUACCCCCGCCACCUCCCCACGGCGACAAGACGCCAUGGCAAGUAUUCAUGGAAACCAUGAAGACUGAGUUCCAGGCUUCCAAGGAAUGGAACGAAUCGACGAAGCAGCUGGCAGACUCCGCUCACUCAUUCACCGAAAGUGAAUCCGUUCGGCGAGCUCGUCAAGCGUACGAGAGUACGACCGGCGCCGUUUCAUCAACGGCAGGGAGGGUCUUGAAGACUUCUGCUACCGCUGUUGGAAAGGGUGCGGCGUGGACCUGGGAGACACCAGUCAUGAAAGGUGUUCGAAAAGGCGCAAACUUAACUGGAGAUAUACUGGACAAAGCAACCAAGCCAAUAAGAGAGACUGAGGCAUACAAAAAUGUCAAGGAUGUCAUUGACGACGGAAGUAGUUCCAGAUACGGCGGUUGGGUAGAAAAGGAAGAACGAAGAAAGGCAAGAGAGCUUCGUGAGAAGCAGGCUCGCUCCAUCCAUGGCAAGGUGGAAGAAAUGACCGAGAAUCCCAACGCUGGAACAAACGUCACCCUUCACAAAGAUGCUGCUUGGAAGGAAGCAUGGCGGGACUUCAAAGAUCAGAACAAAUUGGUCCAGGGACUGUUCAACAUGAAGAGCGUAUACCAGGAAUCCGAGAACCCUCUGAUCAGCACGGCGCGAAGCAUCACCGAUCGCGUUGCCGGAUUUUUUGCUGAAAACGAAACCGCCAUGGUGAUCAAGAAAUUCCGCUCCAUGGACCCCAACUUCCAGAUCGAACCGUUCUUGCAAGAGCUUAGAGAAUAUAUCUUACCCGAGGUGCUCGACGCCUACGUCAAAGGCGAUACUGAGACAUUGAAAUUAUGGCUCUCGGCGGCCCAGUACUCGGUAUACGAAGCCUUGACAAAGCAAUAUCUCCAAGCCGGCUUGAAGUCGGACGGCCGAAUCCUAGAUAUACGGCACGUCGACAUCAUGAAAGCCCGCAUGCUUGACCCAGGCGAGAUCCCAAUCUUCAUCAUCACCUGCCGAACACAGGAGGUCCACGUAUACCGCAACGCCAAGACAAACCAGCUUGCCGCCGGAAUGGAGGAUAAAGUCCAACUUGUCACCUACGCCAUCGGCAUCACUCGAACCCCCGAAGACGUCAACAACCCCGAGACAAGGGGUUGGAGGCUCCUCGAGAUGCAGAAGAGCGGAAGAGACUAUAUAUAAAAAGCAGGCAAUGAUAAAUCCCCAAUCUACUACAACUGCAGGGCUCUAUCCCCACGAUAUCCCGGAUAUAUGUCACAUUUUAUUUACUUGUAUUGUACUAC